AUGCCCUCCCUCAAGCCACCUCAACGCCGCCAUCCUCACCAUUCCUCCUCCAUCCUCCUCCUCCUUCUCCCACUCUUCUCUCUCCUCUCACCAAUUCACGCCAACACCGAAAAAGCAAUCUUCACUGCCCCUGAACCCAUCACGCUAUCCAAUAUCCCUUCAGCACUAGAAGGCCAGAAUAUUCCCAUCCUCGGUCCAUCCACCCGUUGGUCUAUACGCACCAACCUCACUCGCGUCUUUCCCCUCUCUCAGGAGGAAACAGAAGAAGAAGAGCAAGAGCAAGGAUAUCCAUCAUGGCUGCUCCUCGAUAAUCUCACGCCAGGGCAGCGCUAUGAGCUUCGCGUUUGCUGGUCCGCACUUCAACCAACUACCUUCACCCUAGACACCUACACCCUCUCCACCAUCUUCUCAACGCCAUCCCUCCUACAAUCUCUCACCCAACACACCACAACCUCGACCCAAGAGCAAAUCAUCGACGAAGAAACAGAAACCCAUCAACAAAAAUCAUCAAACCACUCCCUAACAGCAGCAGAUGGCUCUUCCGUCCUUUUAUUGCGCGUCCUCGCCGCAGCAGACUACUUCUCGCACCACUCAUCGCUUAUGAAGGAUCCUCCCCCGGUACUGGUCGAUCUCAUCCUGGACCCAUAUCUUUACAACGUCUUGCCUCAGUCUUUGGUCCCGACAGUGGGAUAUAUUGUCGUCAUUAGCAUCGUUUCAUGGUUUGCAGCGCGCUGGGUCUCUAGUUCUUUGGUUUAUGUUGCCAGCUCUGGCGAUAAUGAUCAGGUAAAGAAGCAGAAUUAA